CACCAGAGAAGCUGGGUCUGAAAAGGAAGACAGCAAAGGGAAGUGGGCACUUCUGCUUCAGCAGUGGCAGCUGGGCACAAAAGGAGAAAUUCUCCCUCCUUGAUCUUCCUCCUCCUAUUGGAAGGCUGCAGUUCAUCUUCCCUUCAAGUUCCCUGUUGUCUGGUAAAACUUUCCAAGAGGAAACUACAUUCUCCAGCAUUCAGAAAACAACUUGAGCUACAGCCAAAGAAAGGAAGAUUGAAAACACCAUAGAAAAUUGAGGAGGGCUGCUGGAAAAUAUUCUGACACUUAUGAUUUCUGACCAUGAAAGUUACACAGGGGAUGACAAAAGAAGAUCCUAGAACCAAGACUAAAGGGAAGGAAACCCUUGUUCACUCAGUUUUGGAACCUUCUUAACUGAAUCAUCUCAUUGAACAGACACUGAUAUGUGGAAUGUUAUUUUGAUCACAAUAUAUAUAGUGGUCUUAACUGGAGGCGUGUGUGGAGUCAUCCAUAUGUCAUUUUUGCUAGUGAAAAUGAAUACACUGUCAGUGACCACAACUGCAAUCAUAAACCUGGUAGCAAUACACACCCUUUUCCUUGGGACUAUUCCUUUUCGAUUGUAUUAUUACUUCAGAAAGAACUGGAUCUUUGGUCAGUUAUUUUGUAAAUUUGUGAGUGUCAUGGUGCACUUUCAUAUGUAUCUCACCUUUUUAUUCUAUGUGUUUAUCCUAGUAACCCGAUGCUUUGUUUUCUUUCAGAGGAAGGAUAAGGUGGAAUUCUAUCGGAAUUUGCAUGCUGUUGCAACGAGUACAGCUGUUUGGGUUUUGGGUAUUUCUACUGGGUUGCCUGUAAUGUUUUUUUGGUAUGGGAACACAGGCAAAUAUGAGAAUAAUACAUGUUUUGAGUUUCAGCAAGAGUUUGAGAAAGAUUCCGUGAAAACAGUUAAUUAUACUCUAAUCAUUUUAAUGGUUGCUGUGACUGGCAUCCUAUUGGGCCUUCACAUUUUCAUGGUUCUCAAAGUGGUGAAAAAACUUUCAGGACCUGUUUGGUCACAUCAGGAGUUACGGGCCCAGCUGAAAAGCCUGGGUUUUGUAAUGGUCAUAAUUCUUUGUUUCCUUCCUCACCAUUUUUUUCGGAUUUAUUACAUUCAGCGUGUCAGUGACAGGUGUGAUCCCCAGUUGAAUACAUACAAUGAAAUUUUUUUGAGCAUCACUGCAAUCAGUUGCCUUGAUCUGUUUGCAUUUGCAAUGACUGGAGGCAAAACCUGGAGGCAAAACCUCACUGCGCUUUCAUGCUGUUAAAAUUUUAUAUAUUUAUAUAACAAAGGCCCACACAGAUUGGUUAUGAAGGCAGAUUUAGAUUUUUUUUUUUUUUU